AUGGCGGUCAAACGAAAAGCAGGCAAUGAAGCUGUCAGACAGCCUUCAAAAUUUGCGAAGCGUACGCCUGGGGCAGAAUACGAAAUUUCGGAUGCUUCAUCGGUAUUUGAUUCUGAAGAUGAGAUAGAGGAAGAUGGUCCAGAUGACGAGACUCCUGCCACGCCUCUCUCGCUAGCCUCCUCCAAAUACCCAUCAGAGCUCAAGACACACCUAUGUCCGUUUGAGGGCUGUACAAAGGCCUUCAAUAGGCCUGCCAGACUACAAGAGCAUCUACGAUCUCACAACAACGAACGUAUUUUUCAGUGCACCUUUGACGAGUGCGACAAAACGUUCCUCCGAGUGUCCCAUCUCAACCAUCACAUCAAAAGCGCCCAUACUACAGUUCGCGAUUACAUAUGUGAUCGACCGGGCUGUGGGAAAGCUUUCGUGACGGGAACUAGACUGCGAAGACAUCUAGCGGCUCACGACGGCAGAGACAAGUUUCGCUGCACCGAGUACCCUCCAUGUAACGAAACGUUUCGGAAACACGCCACUUUGAAUCAACAUAUCAUGUCAAUACAUCUCAAGCAAAAACCAUUUCCUUGCCAGCAUGUUAAUCCUAGUACGGGGCGAAAAUGCCCCCAGGCCUUUGAUACGGCGGCGCAUCUUCGUAGCCAUGAAAACCGCGUCCAUUCUGAUAGUCGUUUUACCUGCACGGAAUGCUCGAGUGACGGGUUACAGUUUUCUUCUUACGCCGAAUUGCAGGCUCAUAUUAAGUCAGUGCACCCGCCUCAGUGCCCACAAUGCUCGCUUCAGUGUUUGACACCUCGAGAGCUUCGUCGUCACUUGGAGAUUUCCCAUGGUGAGAUCAGCUUGGAGGAGCGACGUCAGUUUCCGUGCACGUUCCCCGGCUGUGACCGAAGUUUUACAAAGAAAGGCAAUCUCACCGUUCACAUUCGUACAGUUCAUGAGGGCGAGAAGCGUUUUGUGUGCGGUGAAACAGAUCUGUCGGCGUCGAAGAAAGUGGAGGGAUGGAGCGCCGCAGAUGGAUGUGGAAAGCGAUACAGCAGCAAACUGGCGCUGGAGGAACAUGUUCGCACGGCGCAUCUCGGCCUGCUGAAUACAAAAGCAGAGCGUCGAGAGCGGCUGGGACUGCCUAAAGAAUCAAGCCGAAGAAAAACGCCCCAGCUCUCGGCCAUGGCACUUCUUACUGGCGAGGGUUAUGCGGAUGAAAGCGGAAGACAUAUUACCUGCUUCGUGACUGAGUGCAGGCAUCGCUUCUAUCGAGACUACGAUCUCUGGGUCCAUAUGCGCAGCAAGCACGAAUGCGAGGAGAGGGACAUUGAGAACCUGUUCAUGGAACGGGCUCUCUUAGGGCACGAGAAUACCGAUACUGUCUUUGGCAUAUACGGGCUGGAGUUUGAUGACACCAUUACUCACAACAACAAUAACAACAGCGGCUGCGAGGAACUACCGUCUGUUGAUGCCCAUGGCGUUGCAGCACCGCCUCCGCAGAUCAUGAGCAACGACUUUGACGAGAAGAUGAACGACAUGCCAUUUUUCGAUUCUUUCCACGACAUUGAUACUCCUACUACGCCGGGUCUGGGCGAUGCACUUGAUGGCUUUACACAUAUCGACCCGAGCCUCUAA